AGCAUGUAUUUGGUAAAUGGCUGUAAGGCUAGUGUGAUCUGAAUUUGCAGAGAGUGCUUAGGAGAGAAACGAGCAUGCUGUCCCCAGAAGUAGGUUUUACCCCGGAGAGUCAUGGGCAAGUCUGAUGUGACCGUAUCUGCCUUCAUCUGCUUGCACCGAUUGGAUGGCAACAGUUGACCAUUCACGGAGAGUGAGAGGUACAUUCAACCCAAGCAAACGUCCAGCAGAAUAGCAAUUAAGCGGAACCAGAAAGACAAACCGGUCCAUGUAUAUUGGGGCAAAGGAUCGCCCGCUGUGGAGCCAGCCGGAGCUGUAUUUAUUCACAGUAUGAUCAAGGGCGCCUGGAUGUGUCGGCAGCAAGAUAACGGAUUAAAAAUUUGGUAUGUCCCCCGACAGAACGACAAACCAUGCACGGAUUCAGAACGGGCCCAGAAAUGGCGACUGUCCUUAGCAUCUCUGUUGUUUUUUACGGUCCUUCUGUCUGAUCACUUGUGGCUGUGUGCGGAGGCGAAUCGGACCAGAAGCAGGGAACAGCAGCAGAGCGCUUCAGCUGAGGCGACGGGAGGGAAUCGUUUACCUUCCCCUAUAUUCUUCAGAGCCGAUCAGGCAAGGGGCACCAUCAGCAGUGACAAACGUGCUUUUUCUCUAGGUAACGCCACUACCAGACCUGUCUGCCAACGGGGGUCGUGCUCCCCACAUUAUGUCUCUGAGCAGUGUGUAAGUAUUGAAGAUGCUGAGUCGGUCUGUGGCAGCGUGAGUGUGGAAGCGAGCGAUGGGUCGCCACCGCCGUGUUUCAACAAUUUCCACCUUUCCUUUUGUGAAUCGUAUACCCUUUCGGAACUGUUCGCCGGGAUGUCGAGACCUGAGGGCUCGGAUUGCGAUCUGAGCCUUGUGCUGGACGGAGAUGCCACGGUUUGCGUUCAGUGCGUUGAGAUUUAUCAGCGGUUAGACCAACAUGCCCAAGAAAAAUAUGAAGAGUUCCAGACCCUGUUUCAGAAGUAUAUGCAGUCGGGAGAAUACUCUGUGAAAAGUUGCAUCGAUGACUGUAAGGAUUUUAAGAUAAUUGAUGUCUUUAGUAUUGCGGUGCUUUCAGUUAGUGAAACAGUAAAGGCUUUCAUUUAA